CUGCUCCUUUAAAUAUGCAAAUUCUAUGGCCAACCCUUUAUUGGGUAGAGGCUUGGAACGCAUGACGUCAGAACCCGGAAGCCUACUACCGGGUAGGUGUGUGAGGCUGGUGGAGUGGUGAUGUGGGUCAAUGCGCCGGUGACGUGUCUCAGGAAAUGCUGGACUGACUGACUACAAUGAGGUACAAGACCUGUAUGAAUCCAUCAUGGUUCUCCAGAUCCAACUUGCACACCUUUCUGCUUGGGUUUACUUUCGUUGGCCUUGGAUCAAGCCGUGUCCUUUUGGUGAAGUUCUCCGCUAAUGAGGAUAAUAAAUACGACUAUCUUCCAGCCACGGUCAACGUGUGCGCUGAGGCUGUCAAGCUCUUUUUUUGUCUGAUAAUGGCCCUUCGAGUCAUUGUGAAAGAAAGGCGGUCAUUGCGAUGCUCCUCGUGUUUUACAUUGAAGGAAUUCUGCCGCUACAUAAAAUGGGCUGUUCCUGCAUUUCUCUACUUUUUAGACAAUCUCAUAUUUUUCUAUGUCCUGACCUAUCUACAGCCAGCCAUGGCUGUAUUGUUGUCCAAUUUUGUUAUCAUUACAACUGCGUUCUUCUUCAGGAUCAUAUUAAAACGGCACCUUUCUUAUGUUCAGUGGGCCUCUCUUCUAGUACUCUUCCUGUCCAUAAUGGGCCUCACAUCCCAUAACGGCACCCACAAAGACAUCUCAGUCCACGGAGUUCACAACAUUUUCCACUCCAAACCAUCCAACAGUUGCCUUUUUGUGGCAAAACCUGAUGCCGAAAGUCAUGAAACCAGUAAUCCAGCAAUACAGAGUACAUUAAAAUAUAUCCCUCUUGGAUUUGGACACCUUCUGAUCUUACUGCAGUGCGUUAUAUCUGCUCUGGCAAAUAUCUACAAUGAGAAAAUCCUGAAAGAGGGGGACCAGAUGUCUGAGAGCAUUUUUAUUCAAAACAGCAAACUUUACGUGUUUGGCGUUUUGUUUAAUGGACUCACAUUGUCUCUACACAGUGAGCACUUCGGCAAAAUAAAGUCCUGUGGAUUUUUUUAUGGCCAUAAUGGAUUUUCAAUUGCUCUCAUUUUUGCAACUGCAUUUGUCGGGUUGUCAGUGGCUUUUAUACUAAAGUUCCGAGACAAUAUGUUUCACGUACUCACAGCGCAGGUGACAACCGUUAUAAUUACCAUUGUGUCAUUUUUUGUAUUCAAUUUUAAGCCCUCUCUGGAAUUCUUUCUCCAAGCUCCUGUGGUUCUUCUCUCUAUAUAUAUUUAUAAUGCAAGCAGAAUAAUGGAAUCCAAAGGCCCUGCUCAACGGGAAAAGUUAAAAAUAGUAAAUGGAGAUGUUUGGGAACGCUCUCGUGGUGAUGGGGAGGAGCUUCAAAAGUUAACCAGAACAACUGAUGACUCUGAGACCGAUGAAGACAUUUUUUAAUGAAUAUGAUGUAGCAUAUAUGGACU